CCUACAUAAAUAUAUGGUAUAGCGAUAGCGCCAUCUGUUGACACUAUUACACCAGUAACAACAAGUUGGGUGUGUAAUCACUGCACUGCUAGCUGCACUGACUUGUGUAGAAUGGUAAAAAAUUCCGAUCAGCUGACCAUAAAAAUGUCAAGUUGACAUAGAUCUAGAUCUUACAUAUUACAGCUUCACCUGAACUUAUUGAACUGCUUUGAGUUUGAGAAAGUUGCUCGGCUCUGUAGACGGUAUACUAGACGUUAGCCUAGACGGCUCUUCUUCACUGAACUUGCUUCAAGGACACACUGACACAGCAGAAGCAGCCAGAAGUGACCCGUGAACAAAAUGACAUCUCCCGCUCUGUUAGAUGAUACCACCCCUGGCUUUACAAGGGAUAUCCGCAUCAUUUCAACAGCAGAAGUAGAGAAACACACGGUAUACACUAUCCAGGUCUGUGUAGAUGACUGCCAGUGGACGGUCCAGCAUCGCUACAGCGAGUUCAAUGAUCUGCAUGAGAAGCUCGUCUCCCUGGGCAGGGUGGAGAGAUCCCUGCUGCCACCCAAGCGUCUCCUCGGCAACAUGUCAAAGAGCUUCAUCGAGAGACGGCAGCGUGACCUGGAAGCUUACCUGCAGAAGGUCAUCAGCAGCAGCCGUCUGCUGCCAAAGCCGCUGCUUCUCUUCCUGGAGUUUGAUAUCUAUGAUAUCAAUGGGGUUUCACAAGCUUUAGCUGCAGAGCUGUUUGAGAAGGGGGAUCUUAUUUUGGCUAGCCAAGAUGUAUGCGAGAUGACACCUAUGCAACUCUUUGCUAUCACAGAAAGACUCAAGUUACCGCUACCUACAUGUGAUUCGGAUGAUGCCCACAGUGACAUUGGCCAUAUCAUGGAUUUCAUGUCCAGGCUAAGAUAUCUCAGGAUUGUUGGAUCCACUACCAGGCUUGGGUCCAGCACUCGGAAAGUUGAUGAGUUGCCCUUUGACCUCUCCUACUUCAAAUCAAUUAAACAUCUCAAGAUUGAGGUUUGUAAUGCAAGGUGUAUAUCAGGGGUUGAAGAAGCAAAGACACAUGUACAUUUCUUGACUGUACACAAGUCUUUAACUUCAAUACAGGAUAUUUUACUGCCCAAUCUCACUCAGUGGGAAUCUCUAGCCAGCUCCAGUGGUCAAGAUGUAAUGGACAUUGUCCCUCCAUGGAGUCGGAUCAAGCUGGUAGAUUUCAGCUACAAUGAGUUGACUGAUAUAGACAAGUCAAUAUGCCUCUUGCCCAACGUGGAGCAGCUUGACCUGAGUCACAACCAGCUACGCUCCAUCAGCCACCUACAACACCUCUCUGCCAUGACCCAUCUCAACCUCUCCUACAACCAACUCCACUCCCUGGACGAUAUGAACACCAGGCUGGGUAAUGUCCAUACUCUCCUACUGACCAACAAUGAUCUCUUCAGUCUCUACGGUCUGGCCAAACUCUACUCGCUGGUCAAGCUGGACGUCAGGUCCAAUAUUAUAGAACAUGUGUUAGAGUUACAACAUGUGUGCAAUCUUCCUUGUCUGGAGCAACUCCUUCUGAGUGGGAACCCUGUUACCAACGUGGUAGACUACCGAACCAAGGUCCUGGAACUCUUUGAAGAACGCUUCACAGAAUUGAGUCUCGAUGGUCACAAGGCCUCCGAGAAGGAGAAGGAUACAGUCAACAUUCUGAAAGCAAUCAAGAAGUCUAAAGAUUACAGGCCUUUUGUUGGAUCAAAACACGACUCACCAAAGAAAGUAGUCCAUGAGGCAGCUAUAGCUGACCCCAGUGCAUCAAAGCAAGCUUCUAAUACAUCGUCAGUGGGUCCUAGUCUAAACGGGGAAAGUGCUGAAUUCAAAGCCAAAGUAGAAUCUCUGCGCAGGCAAGGUGGUAAGGCGUGGCUUAGUAUAUUUAAUGAGAUGUCUGAUCCGGCAGAAGGAGAGGCUUCAGCUGCCAUAGCAACCAAAGAAGAUGGGCAGAAGAAGAGUGGGGAGAAAGGAGCAAAGAAAGAUAAAACAAAAAGAGCAAGAUCAAGAUCCCGCUCUCCACGGCCCAACCCUGCUUCAACAACAGAAAAGACACGCCUUGUGCAGGAAAUCAAGUUGAGUCCUAAAGCAUUUGCCUAUCAUGUCUUUGACGAAAUCAGUCGACACAGCCAGGCAGAUAUCACAGACGUACCCACCGUCUUCUCACAGCUCACCAUGUACUUUCAGGGACCUAACCUCUUCACGUACGGUCCUCGGCACAAGGCAGCUGGCAUGCCCCCUCCGGAUAUCAACGGGCCUACCCUGGAGGGACACCUGAGUCAGAUGAGCAAAGAGGAGCAGGAGGAGUUGAUAGAGUUGUUAAGAGGCAUCGUGGAUGGAACUGUACAGCUCUCCAACAAGUUCCCUUCCCAGUCAGAAGCAGAGGAGGUUUGGAGGCACAUCCAAACAAUGUUAGGCAGGAGUGAUGCGAGGGAGAAGGAAAGGGAGGUGGAAAAUGCUUGUGAACCUGAUGAUGCAGCUCCAGUCAGACCUCAACUGCAAAUCAGCCAUGCUGCUGAUGGUUGUGCCAGUGAGGAGAAAGAAACAAAGACAUGGGAUGUUGAUGAUAGUAAAGAUCUAUGUGUUAAUGAGAUAGCUUCUAAAGUUGAAGAAGUGAGCAUCAUCUCCGAGGCAGAUGAGGAGAACAAAGUAGGUGAUGCGACAGAGUCGUCGUCAUCUACUAGAGCUGAGGAACCAUAUGAAACGCUGCUGCCUCAAAUGAAGUCAAGAACCUUAGAUAAUCAAGAUAUUGAAUUUGGGGAAAUGAUAUCAUCACCUUCCAUUGUUCCAGGAGCUCCUUCUUUGGUCUUUGUCCCUGACUAUGACCAAACAAUGAUUGAUCAUCUAUCAUCCUGUGGGCUAAAGAAAGGUCUCAAGCUCUCUCCAUCAAUGCAAUGUCUUGCCACGAUGUCUGCCAACGAAAUGAUCAAAUACUUUCAUGAGAAUGUCACGAAAAUGGGGGUUGACACGGAACAUCUGACCCAUGUGAUAUGGACAAAGGUGAUUACCUAUGCAGUUCCUAAAAAGGAGAUAAUGUCUUGUGUUAUGCUUAGCUCUAUAGCACUCUAUGUGUUUUCAGAUCAGACAUUGAAGUGUCAUCGGGAAUCCUGGAAGACUCAUCGUCGGAUAUGCAGUGACUCUGCAGUGCGGAAAUCCAAACUCAAAUCAGGAAGACCCGAUCAGCAAUCUCACGCCAGUGGUGUGAUCCACAGUUCUUCAGAGCUGGAGGCAAACAGAGUGUGCUGCCAGCAUGUCAUUCCCCUCAGGGACAUAGACGAGGUGGUGGUGGGUCUGUUUGACCAGAAGAUACGUGUGACGGGGCAGACACCAGACAACACCCUGACCCUGAUAACCAGAAGCUUCAAGGAAACACACAAGUUUCAACAGCAACUGAUGCUCGCUCUGCCACACCCAGAAAGUCCUCGUAAGUCCGAUCAGAGACCAGGGUCACCCAUCGACCUCUACCAGGAGGCAAUGAAGGCGAGACAGGAAGCAGUCAUCACAGAAUACAAACAUCCUGCAGGUGUCAAGUUUGUCUAUGCCAACGAAGAGACAAUCAGUGACUUGACAUACCUUGUUGUGGAGAAGGUUAAGAGUCCUUCCUAUGGUUUCCACGAUGUCCACCUUCUGAUGUACAUGCUCCUCCACCAGGUCGGUGAUGUUGUCAGCAACAACGACUAUGUUCCACCAUCCAUUGAAACAGCACCUCGUUACCCUAGAUCACUCAUCAUCACCAACACACACGUGGCACUGUGCCAUGAGGAUCAUGUGUGCUACCCGAUCCCCAACUUCUCCAAGCUGCUACCUGAGAGUCCUCAGUACGCCAUCAGUGACGUCCAACCCAUCUUCAACCUGAAGCGACUGGUGGUGAGCGACUUCUCCUCCUGUGACAUCACCCUUAUCUUUGAGGUCAUCAAUGUGGAGGUGGACAUCAGCAGAGAGUACUUCACAUCAGAUGAUCUGCAGGAAGGUGAGAAGCAUCACACACCGGACAUCGUCUGGACCCUGGUUCUUCCAUCUCUUGAGGACAGGGAGAGAUUGAUGAAGAUGAUUUGUGGACAGUGGAGGGAUAAGCACAAUAAGGAACUCUCUAUUCAGGUCAGUGCAUAAAACUGAAUGAGAUGUCUCAAGCACAAUAGACCCAUGGAGUGAUUCUAUUGUAGGGCAGGUCCAAGCUAUUUGGAUUGUGACGUACGGGACAUUCAGAGACUUUAAACAAGAAAUAACAACAGAUGAA